GAGUGCCGCGCUGGAUGGGGAGAUGGGAAUGGUCUCAGCUCACAGCCGCAGGGAUACUCAUCGGCGUCUGCACCGUCCUGCUCAUCAUCAUUAUCAUCGUGGCUGCGGUGGUCGUCCCCAAACUCGGCUCGGAUGAGGACAACGGCGACAACAGUAGCGGCAACAGUAACCUGUCGGGGAUACCUGCAGGCAGCAUCCCCCCGGACGCGCCGUCGUGGUUGAAUCCUUUUCUCUGGAAAGACACGACCGACUUCAACCUCACAUACACGACGGCGACCGUGGGCGAUUUGCCCAUCAUGGGUCUCAACUCAACCUGGGACGACUCUGCAAAAGCCAACGACCAUGUUCCGGCGCUGAACGAAGCCUGGGGAGACUACGCGAAGCGGCCGGCACGGGGAGUCAACGUAGGCGGGUGGCUCUCGAUCGAGCCCUUCAUCACGCCGUCGUUGUUCAACUACGACUCCCGCCUGGGCAUUGUCGACGAAUACACUCUCUGCAAGUACCUCGGCUCGCGGUGCGAGAGCGUGCUCGAACAGCACUACGCAACGUUUGUGACCGAAGAUACCUUCCGGCAGAUCAGGGACGCCGGGCUCGACCACGUUCGCAUCCCCUUCUCGUACUGGGCGGUCCAGACGUACGACGGGGACCCGUACCUCUUCCGCACGUCGUGGCGCUACCUGCUCCGCGGCAUCGAGUGGUGCCGGCGCUACGGGCUGCGCGUCAACCUCGACCUGCACGGGCUGCCGGGCAGCCAGAACGGGUGGAACCACAGCGGGCGGCUGGGCCCCAUCGGGUGGUUGAACGGCACGGACGGCGCGCUCAACGCGAACCGGUCGCUCGAGAUCCACGACCGGCUGUCGCAGUUCUUCGCGCAGCCGCGGUACAAGAACAUCAUCAGCCACUACGGGCUGGCCAACGAGCCCAAGAUGACCUUCCUGCCGGUCGACGACGUGCUCGCGUGGACCGAGAGCGCGUACCGGCUGGUGCGCAAGAACGGCGUGGCGGACGCGGUGGUCGUCUUCGGCGACGGCUUCCGCGGGCUGGCCAACUGGCAGGGCGAGCUGCAGGACCUCUCCAACGCGGCGCUGGACGUGCACCAGUACCUCAUCUUCAACGUCAACCAGAUCGUCUUCAACCACUCGGCCAAGGUGCGGUACGCGUGCGAGGGCUGGACCCAGCAGACGCUGCAGAGCAUGGACCGGGCCACGGGCUUCGGCCCCACGCUGAUGGCCGAGUGGUCGCAGGCCGACACCGACUGCGCCCAGUACCUGACCAACGUCGGCUGGGGCAACCGCUGGACGGGCACGCUGGUGCAGGGCGACGCGUCGGUCGACGCCACCACGCCCCGGUGCCCGACCAUGAACAGCAGCUGCAGCUGCGCGCUGGCCAACGCGCCGGCCAGCAGCUGGAGCGCCCCGUACAAGCAGUUCCUCAAGAUGUUCGCCGAGGCGCAGAUGUCGAGCUUCGAGAAGGGCUGGGGCUGGUUUUACUGGGUGUGGGACACGGAGGAUGCGUAAGUACACCCUAGCUCUCUGUCUUCCUGUUUCUUUCCCCGUGAUGACCACGGCUUCCGCUGACUUGGUGUGGUUGUUUCUUUUUUCGGU